CCAAGAAAAAAAAAAAAAAAGUUAAUUGUCAUGACGUCUAAAUGGGGUUUCAUUAAUGUAUAUAUGUGGAAGGAUUUCGGAAUCAGACGCAUUGACUAUUAGAACAGUAGAUUUCAAGAACUCCACGGCUCUUUAGUCGGCCCUCCCCCCACCUUCUCUCUGACACCGUGAAACCCUAGAAAUCGCUCGGACUUUCAAAUUUGGGAAGUAAGAAGUUUUGACCAGAGCGGAUAAUCAUGGCGAGGAAGAUGCUCAUCGACGGAGAGAUAAGCAAUUCCACCUCUGCGGAAGGGGAGCAAAACUACGACUUCGACCUUUUUGUUAUCGGAGCUGGCAGUGGUGGUGUUCGUGCAGCCCGGACUUCUGCUGGCUUUGGAGCUAAGGUUGCAAUUUGUGAGCUUCCAUUCAAUCCAAUCAGCUCGGAAGUUGUUGGCGGAGUAGGUGGAACGUGUGUUAUACGUGGCUGUGUUCCUAAAAAGAUAUUGGUCUAUGGAGCCUCUUUUCGAGGUGAAUUUGAGGAUGCAAGAAAUUUCGGAUGGGAACUUAGUGAGCAAAUUGACUUCAACUGGAAAAAACUUUUGCAUAACAAGACUCAGGAAAUAAUUAGAUUAAAUGGUGUAUACAAGAGACUAUUAACCAAUGCUGGUGUAACGAUGCUUGAAGGUGAGGGCAAGUUAGUUGGUGCUCAUGCAGUAGAAGUAAAACAGCCCGAUGGUUCAAAGCAGCAGUAUUCAGCAAGACAUAUCUUGAUUGCAACUGGUAGUCGGGCUCAGCGUGCAAAUAUUCCUGGGAAGGAGUUGGCAAUCACUUCUGAUGAGGCCUUGAGCUUGGAUGAACUACCCAAGCGAGCUGUGAUACUUGGUGGAGGGUACAUUGCUGUUGAAUUUGCUUCAAUAUGGCGAGGGAUGGGCGUUACAGUGGACUUGUUUUACCGAAAGGAACUUCCAUUGAGAGGUUUUGAUGAUGAAAUGAGAGCAGUUGUUGCAAGAAACCUUGAAGGCAGGGGAAUUAAAUUGCACCCUGGGACAAAUUUGUCAGAGUUGAGUAAAACUGAAGAUGGAAUAAGAGUUGUGACGGACCAUGGAGAUGAAAUUAUGGCUGAUGUUGUUUUAUUUGCCACGGGUAGGAGUCCAAACACAAAGAGGUUGAACCUAGAGGCUGUUGCUGUUGAGGUUGAUAAAACCAGAGCUAUAAAGGUUGAUGAGUAUUCUCGCUCUUCUGUUCCAAGCAUAUGGGCUGUGGGUGAUGUUACAAACCGAAUAAACCUCACUCCUGUCGCAUUAAUGGAAGGAACUUGCUUUGCUAAAACUGUAUUUGGUGGACAGCCAACCAAACCUGAUUACAAUUUUGUACCUUGUGCUGUGUUCAGCAUACCUCCACUUUCUGUGGUAGGCCUCAGUGAACAGCAGGCUAUAGAGCAAGCCAAGAGUGACGUUCUGGUAUAUGCUUCAACAUUCAAUCCAAUGAAAAACACAAUCUCUGGUCUGGUUUUUCAUGUUCUCAGAAGGCAAGAGAAGACAAUUAUGAAGCUGGUUGUUGACUCCGAGACUGAUAAAGUACUUGGUGCAUCCAUGUGUGGUCCAGAUGCGGCUGAGAUUAUGCAGGGUAUUGCUAUUGCGCUCAAGUGUGGAGCCACUAAAGCACAAUUUGACAGCACAGUGGGAAUCCAUCCCUCAGCUGCUGAAGAAUUUGUAACAAUGCGGUCUCUGACAAGGCGUGUUGCUGCUGGAAGUAAAGCAAAGACGAAUUUGUAAGGAGAAUUUCCAUGUCCAAAAUAACUGUGGUUUCUAUUUCACUUGUCAUAAAAAAUAAUUUUGCCCAGAGAUUGUGGUUAAAACACAGUUACUGGAGGCCCUGCCAGUUUCCUACCUGUCCUAUGAUUUUAGUUGAGAUAUUUGUGAAAACAUGCCAAAGUCUAUGCAUUGUAAGCUGUAGGAUGAUAAAUGUCUGUCAUCAAAAAGUUUGUUCUAAGCUCGUCACCCAUAACUUCUGGUUGCUUUCAGGAUAUGAAACGAUCCUGUUCGUGCCACAUCUCUAAAUAUUAAUUGAAUUGUCUCGUGCAGUUUCUUGUGAA